CAGAUUGGAAUAAGCAGUCUUCUUUUUCUUAGGGGAAAAGUGUAGUGCCCUUGAUUGACUUGAAAUAAUGAUCUGAAUGAUUGAUGGUCUUUAGACUAGGAGGGGUGUUCAAGAUUGCAGACUAAUAGUUGCGUGACAGAUUGUCAUAGUUAGGAUAUAUUCUAGAGCCUGCUUGAAGCAAGUAACAUUGGCGACUCGUAGUGUGAUAAACUUUUACGGUAUGUAUUUACAAGCACAUAAGAAUGGUGUGAUAAACUUUUACAUUGGCGACCUCCACCUUUUACAUCUUUGUUCAACAAAAAGCUUAUAAUGAUUUGUUCCAUACAGAUCAUAAACGCUUAACUGUAUUUCUGCAGUUGUCAUUUUGCUAUUUAAUGUUAGGGCAGUUUUUUGUUUUCUUCAGUGCUACUAGUUGUCCACAGCUCUACCAUUUUGACAUCCCCUUUUCAUUCGCAUGUUUUGUGAGCUUACUCUAACACCUUAAAAUUUUGCUUCUAUUUUCGCUGUUUGAUUUUGUGAAAGAUCCUCAUAGAACCUUCCCAACAUAACAUGCCACCUUCGCCAAAAUUUCCAUAGGGUUAGCUUAGGUGCCAUACAAUGGAUCCUGUCUUUUGUACAGCGUCAUGCUCACUUGUGGUAUAUGCUUUCUGGAGCCAUAUAUCUGGACCAGUUGUUAGUUAAUGUGCAUUACCUAAUUCUCCAAAGUUAUAUUUAUAGCCAUGUAUAGUCUUUUUAUUUUCCCCGUUGUAUAAGGGGCUUUCUGCAUAUUUCCCUCACAUGUAUGUGUAUAUAUAGUGGACUAUGGCCCCAUGGGAAUACGAGUUGCAUAGCCCUAGGUUUAGUUUCUCUCCUCCCACCGCACGCACAGCUCGUGCUCAAUUCCAAUCGAUCCCGGUCUCCGUCCUCUAUUCCGGUAUUCCCUGCCGCUCCCUCAGGUGACUCCUUUCCGCUCAGUGGUUAUGGUGCCGCCUGUGUACCAGGAGCCUAGUAUCAUGCCGAUCAAUACAAGAACGGAGAAGGAGUUGGAAGAAAAGGAGGUGUUAUGCACGCACAAAAAGCCCAAAGCUACAGGGUGUGUUGCCCAACUGCAGCAGGAAAUUGAACUCGCCAUUGAGAGUGAGAAUAAAGGGCAUGGUGAUCCUUCACCAAAAGAGUCUGCUUGUGUGGUGCUGAGCAAUGGUGAAGCAAAUGGUUGCAGUGAGGGGCAUGUUCUUGGCGGUGCAAAUGCAGAACCAGAAGCAAGGUUGAGACUGGCUCAACUCUGCAGUGCAAUUGGCUGGAAGAGUCCAACAUAUGAGUUUGAAGAACAUGGACAUGGCCAUACAAAACUGUUCACAUGCAAGGUGAGUGUUCUUGUGGAGACGUUCACAGACACUGUUGUGGAGUGCAUCAGUGAACCCAAACCCCAGAAGAGAGCUGCCGAGGAACAAGGUGCUGAAGGUGUGUUAUGGACCCUCAAGUGCCUUGGUCAUGUGAAAUAGCUCUAGACGUGCUCCAUCAGGCGCGGCGCGGCGUCUGUCUGCCCUCUUGUUGGCAUCCGAUCCACCACAAGAGCGGUGUCUGCUCUUUCUUGAAUCCAUGACUCAACUUGUGAUCACGUUGUCAGCUGGUGCUUAUGCAUGACUGAACUUGUUACUCCGUCGUGUUUUAAUUUUGUUGCUUUAGCUCUCUAGGAUCCUAGUCCAGUUAUUUCCAGUCGGCUGUAGGAACUCUCGGUAUUACUUUGUGUUCAAGUUCUGCUUAAGUAAGGGCUCUAGCAGAGUUA